UGGAGGGUGUGCUGAAGUCACCUGGGUAAGAUGAAAAAAUCUGAAAAAGUACCAGACCUGAAAGUGUUUUCCACCACAGAUGAGUCCAAAAAUCCAUUUCGACCUUUGAGCCCUGAAGUCACCGUAAACCAAACUUUUCACGCUCACCCACAUCAUGAUCAAUUCAGGCCAAGCUGUUGCGUAGAUGCGCAUCAUUUCUGCCAAAGCCAGUACAGAGGUGGACGAGUGAACCAGUGGCUUCAAGGGAGUCAUCCAGCUCAUGCGGUGCAGCAUGUAGAGCUGAUGCACCACAGACAGCCAGAAGAUAGAGGAGCCAGUUUUGCGAGGAUAAAUUUUCAUCAUCAACCUCCUGAAGUCUGUCACUCACAUCCUGCAGAGACCAGGCACAGUGACAUGAGAGGAGAGAGCAGCUGCUGGGACUGUGGACCAACAGAGCCUGCAAACAGAGAUACGUCUGGAGGGGAGUAUGGAUACAAUUCUCAACAUCAGAGCGAUGAAGAAGAGCUUGAGUCUCCACUGCCGCUCAGAUCUGACAACGACUGGCAACACUACAGUCCCUUUCUACCUCCUCACCACUACACCCACAACUAUGAAGGGUGGUACAACCUCAGACCGGUCAACACAUACCCACCUCAACCAUGUCUAUACGCUGCUCCCUGCCAGCACAGAAGACCAUGGGAUGACGCCCAAAGCUGGCUCCAACAUCAUGCUCCCAGCUGCAUGAAUGACAGCGUGGCUCAGGGAAGCGUCUCGGUUAACGUGCCUCAGUUCUCCGUCCCCCCUGUGCACGGCGUGUCACGGGUCAGUGUGAUCAACCCGAGCUCAGCGGGAGCAGAGGCGUCUGUCUCACAUCCACACGAGAGAAGAAGAACCAUCAGUCUGCCUGACGAGUGCCGAAACAUCUUUAUAACUUAUUCUUCAGACGUGUGCUCAGAGAUGGUCCCCUUUGUAGACUUCCUCACAAAGCAAGGUUUUCGACCAGCCAUUGACAUAUUUGACAACCCUAUUAGACGCAUGGACAUCAACAAGUGGAAGGACAGUUACCUGAAAGAUCCAUCAAACCUGAUUAUCAUCGCCAUCAGUCCAAAGUAUAAGGCGGACAUCGAAGGAUGUGUAGCAGACAGCCAUGGUCUACACACUAAAUAUGUUCACUCCAUGAUGCAGAGUGAAUUCAUCCAGCAAGGCAGCUUGAACUUCAGAUUCAUACCAGUUCUCUUCCUCAAUGCAUCUCAGAAACAUGUCCCAAGCUGGCUUCAGAACACGCGUAUUUACUGCUGGCCGCAGGACACUGAGGAUUUGUUACUUCGCCUGCUGAGGGAGGAGAGGUAUGUCCCUCCCCCUGUGCCUACGGAGCUCACCCUCAUCAUCAGGCCUGUGGCCCCGAGUUCUGCAGCUGCACUGUAAAACACACACCUGUAUUUAUGCAUGUGUUUAUGUGUUUGGUGCUUCAGUUUCAGACUGAUUUCAUGUGGAGUUAUUGUGCAGUUUUUUUAUUUUAUAAUCCUCAGAAGUG